AUGAGCUGGCGCGAUUUCUGGCGCCGCCCCCAAGGCUCGCCGCCGCAUGUGAGGGACAGCGAUUUUACCUACUUAACCCCCGACGACAUCGUGGAACCGUCUCGCCAACACCACCAGCCCCAAUAUAUCGAGCGCCGCCCGCUCGUUUCGUCGGACGAAAACGGUCCGGACAUCCUACUACUAGUACAUCGAGGCGUGACUUACCCUUUGCACUUCCGACCUUUUGCGAUUGACGACAGAGAACUUACAAUCGGCGACAUCAGGCGUCGCGCCGCCGAGAAAACGGGGACCGCUGAUGUUCAGCGCAUCAAGCUACUUUACAAAGGCAAACUGCUACGUGAUGAUACACGGCCGUGCAAGGAUGAGGGUCUGAAGCAGCAGUCGGAGAUUAUGUGCAAUGAUAAGAGCGAGGCUGUCAGCCUGGACAGUGAUGACCGUCAUCCCGGCCAGCCAGACAAGGAAAAGACAUCGAAGAAGGGCAAGAAAAAGAAGAACAAAAACAAAUCCAACAACCAGCCCCAGAGGUCCUCAGACGUAUCUGCAGAUGGCGGGCUUGCCCCACCGACAGAGCAUCGUCCUACGUCGUCCGGUCGGUCAUCGGCACCCUCUCCAUCUCCAAGCUUCCAGAACGCGCGCACAGGGAACGACAAAGUCGAUGUGCUUCUGAAUUAUUUGCGAUCGGAAUUGGCUCCUAUGUGUGACGAAUACAUUGCGCAUCCUCCGACUGACCUCAAGGCCCGCGACUUCGAGCACAAGCGUCUGAGUGAAGCCAUCUUGGCGCAGGUGAUUCUCAAGGCGGAUGGCAUCGACUCAGAGGACGCACGAACGGCCCGUCGCGCGCUCAUUAAGGAGGCACAAUCCAUGCUGAACCGGAUCGAUGAGGCCCAUCGGAAUCAGUCUUCGUCUUAA